AUGUUAUUUAAAGAAAUUACGUUAGUGACAUUUUUAGCGAUUUUAGCUGUAUCAACAGCAAAUCAAGCAGCAGAAAAUGGAACAAGUAUUUUAUGUGGUACUUUAAGAGUAAUAUUUGUCAAUAUACUUAAACCGAAAUGUAUGAGUGUCAGUGUAAUAGUCAAUAUCAGUGAUCAUGAAGAUUUUAAAUUUAGCAAAGAUAUAUUAGAUGAUGUUAUGACCAUCAAUAAAAAUAUUCAAGUACCGGUGGCAAUUAAUCAAUAUACAGCUUCGAAGUUGUUGCAUCUGAUACAGGCAAAAUUAAUAUUUACCAAUUCAGCAGAAAAUAUCAGUAAACAUUGUGAUUGUACUGAACCUAUAUUGUUGAAACGUUUUGACAGCAUCCCCAAUAAACUUUACGAUCAUGAUUUAUUUCCCAUUAAAACUAAGAACUUUUAUCAAUGUUCUAUGAAAGUAGUGCUCUGGCAUAUACCACCUUUUAUGAAUUUGACAUAUGAAAACAAUAUGAUCAACUACAAAGGUUUUGAUGCUGAUAUAUUAAAAGAUUUAGCUGAAAUUUUGAAUUUUUCCAUCAAUGUUAUACCCAAUGAACCGCAAAAUUUUAUCAGUGGCAAUGUAUUCCCAAAUAGAACGGCAAUAGGUGUUUUUAAGUUGCUUUUGGAGCGUAAAGCAAAUCUAACUAUUGGUUUUAUUGGAUGCCUUCCUAGACGUUUGCAAUUAACUACAGGAUCUAAACCCUACUUUCUUUCAAAAGUUUUAAUUAUUUUGAAAAAUUCUCCAAAAUUUACACCAUAUCACCUGCUUUUGAGGCCUUUCAAUAUAACGACUUGGGGUUUUCUUCUAACACUUGUAGUUUUGAAAUCUAUAUUAAAACGUUUAUUUUGCAGAAAUAUCAAAUUACGACACAGUUUCCGUAAGCUUCUGCAACUACAAUGGUUAUUAUUAAUGUUCAUAAUUCGUUUAUCUUACGAAGGAUCAAUAUUUCAAGCAAUUCGUAUGUCACCAUAUCAAAGACUACCCUUAAGCAUAGAUGAAGUGGUUAAGCAGAAUUAUUCUCUAGUCACGGACUAUGCCGCUGCACGUAUUUUAAGUGAAAUGAGUUAUCUUAAAAACAUUACAACUAUUGUACCAGGAAAUCCUCAAAGUGUUUUGGAAUCAAUAGAUGACUUGCCUCCUAAAACGGGUGUCUUAAGCAGUGAUAUAUUUAUAGCACUAUUUAUGAAAAGAAGACUGAGUAAUUAUAGUGAAUAUGCCAUUGUUCGCGAUAAGGUUUCCAAUACUAUGAAUUGUAUAUUUUUUCCCCGUUUAUCAUUUAUAGCACCAGCUUAUUUGCCCUUAACUACCGAUCAGUUGAGAUACCAUUACAAUUGGAAUUUACACUCACCUUUAGAUUUAAAUAUUUUAAAGGCAGUAUUUAUAUGUUUUACAAUAAUGAGUGUUAUAUCAGUGUUGGUAUUUCUUUUGGAACUUUUAAGUUUACGCUAUAUAAAUUUAAGGAGAAUUUUUACUAUAAUUUGUGGUUAUUAA